ACCUCUGUUUCCCCAGUGCCUACCUGGCACAGGGCCUGGCACAAUCGUAAAUAUGACAGUCUAUGUUUUAAAUGAGCCCACAUCUAGUUCAAUAAAUUGAACAUCAAUUACUGAAAGCAAGGAUGGCAAAAGCGGACACAUACCUGACCACUCCUUAAUUUUGUGUCCUUGGCAGAUAUUGUUAAUGCUAGAACUCAUUUGCUUUGAAUCUGGAUUCAAGUGAGGAGUCAGCCUCAGAAUCCUUCUCAACACAUCGCACCAGCAGCCACUAUUACUGAAUUGCAUUUUGUCCAUGAAAUGAAAUCUGCUUGGAAUCCACUUUUGUCUUUAAAGCGGCCCCAACACGGCUGAGAUAGAAGGAAGGGGGCUCAAAACUGCUAGGUUACUGAGUUGUCGUGUCUGUCCAGUGUAGCCUGGGAGACUCCGUUAGUGGGAGUGUUCAAAAGUAACACUGCUCUUGAGGGAACCCUGUAAGAUUGCUGCUUAGGGCACCAUCAUGCUUCUGCCCUCUCUCGUGGCUCCUUUCUGUCUGCCUCUUAUGGAUUCUCCUUGCACAGCUCAGAGGUAGCUGUCUUGCAAGGUUUAGCUCUCAUCCUUCUUGAGGUCUUUUUUUCUUGCCUAUUCUCCCAGGUGGAGAGCUAAUCUCUUCCCUCAGCUUUUUACUAGCACCCAAAUCUAUAUUAUCAGAAAUGUCUUUUUCCCCAGUCCAGACUCCUUCCUUUGGCAUUGAAGCACCUCCGCCAUCCUGACCCUGUUUGUCCCUACAGCCUCCUCCCCAGCCCUGGCUCCCUGACUGCACAGUUUCUGCCGUGAGCACCUGGUCUUCGUCCGUCCUGGGCCCGAGUUGUAUAGCAUCGACCAGGGUCCUCAUUCCAUGCCUCUGCACGUGCCCCUCUGCUCUGCGUUGUUGGUCACAUCCAGCCUGCGAGUCUCAGCUUCACUGUUGCUUCACUGAGAAAGCCCUCUCAGACUUCUUCAUGAUUCAGAAGAGAACACGUGCGUGCCAACAAUAUGCCCAAGCAGGUGGAAGUGCGGAUGCACGACAGCCACCUCACCUCGGAGGAGCCCAAGCACCGGCAUCUGGGCCUGCGCUUGUGCGACAAGCUGGGGAAGAAUCUCCUGCUCACCCUGACGGUGUUUGGUGUCAUCCUGGGGGCGGUGUGUGGAGGGCUUCUUCGCUUGGCGACUCCCCUCCACCCUGAUGUGGUCAUGUUAAUAUCCUUUCCGGGAGACAUACUCAUGAGGAUGCUGAAAAUGCUCAUUCUCCCCCUGAUCAUCUCCAGCUUAAUCACAGGGUUGUCAGGCCUGGAUGCUAAAGCCAGUGGCCGCUUGGGCACGAGAGCCAUGGUGUAUUACAUGUCCACGACCAUCAUUGCGGCUGUGCUGGGGGUCAUCCUGGUCUUGGCUAUCCACCCAGGGAAUCCCAAACUCAAGAAGCAGCUGGGGCCUGGGACGAAGAACGAUGAAGUGUCCAGCCUGGAUGCCUUCCUGGACCUUAUUCGAAAUCUCUUCCCUGAAAACCUUGUCCAAGCCUGUUUUCAACAGAUUCAAACAGUGACGAAGAAAGUUCUGGUGGCACCUCCGUCAGACGAGGAGGCCAAUGCAACCAGCGCCGUGGUCUCGCUGUUGAACGAGACCAUGACCGAGGCCCCCGAGGAGACGACCAUGGUUAUCAAGAAGGGCCUGGAGUUCAAGGACGGCAUGAAUGUCCUAGGUCUGAUAGGGUUUUUCAUUGCUUUUGGCAUCGCCAUGGGGAAGAUGGGUGAGCAGGCCAAGCUGAUGGUGGAAUUCUUCAACAUUUUGAAUGAGAUCGUAAUGAAGUUAGUGAUCAUGAUUAUGUGGUACUCUCCCCUGGGUAUCGCCUGCCUAAUUUGUGGGAAGAUCAUUGCAAUCAAGGACUUGGAAGUGGUUGCUAGGCAACUGGGGAUGUACAUGGUAACAGUGAUUGUGGGCCUCAUCAUCCAUGGGGGCAUCUUUCUCCCCCUGAUUUACUUUGUAGUGACCAGGAAAAACCCCUUCUCCUUUUUUGCUGGCAUUUUCCAAGCUUGGAUCACUGCCCUGGGCACCGCUUCCAGUGCUGGAACUUUGCCUGUCACCUUCCGUUGCCUGGAAGAAAAUCUGGGGAUCGACAAGCGUGUGACCAGGUUUGUCCUCCCAGUUGGAGCAACCAUCAACAUGGAUGGCACAGCGCUGUAUGAAGCGGUGGCCGCCAUCUUUAUAGCCCAGAUGAACGGCGUCGUCCUGGACGGAGGCCAGAUUGUGACUGUGAGCCUCACGGCCACCCUGGCGAGUGUCGGUGCGGCCAGCAUCCCCAGCGCUGGGCUGGUCACCAUGCUCCUCAUUCUCACGGCCGUGGGCCUGCCAACGGAGGACAUCAGCCUGCUGGUGGCUGUGGACUGGCUGCUGGACAGGAUGAGAACGUCAGUCAAUGUCGUGGGUGACUCUUUUGGGGCUGGGAUUGUCUACCACCUUUCCAAGUCCGAACUGGAUACCAUUGACUCCCAGCACCGAGUGCAUGAAGAUAUUGAAAUGACCAAGACUCAAUCCAUUUAUGAUGACAUGAAGAACCACAGGGAAAGCAACUCCAAUCAGUGUGUCUAUGCUGCACACAACUCUGUCAUAGUAGAUGAGUGCAAGGUAACUCUGGCAGCCAAUGGAAAGUCAGCCGACUGCAGUGUUGAGGAAGAACCUUGGAAACGUGAAAAAUAAGAAUAUGAAUCUCAGCAAAUUCUUGAAUAAGCUCCCCAGCGUAUCUUAUGGUAAAAGAUGAUAUAAACAAGCUUUCUUUAAAAAGGAAAAAAAAUACAUAUAUUUCUAUGUUUACCUAAUCUGUUAGCCGAGGCUUAGAGGAGCUCUUGUGAGUCAGUGAUGACAGGCACGGUGCUGUGUCUUUGCCAAAUAACACUUCAUAAUCAUCUAAUGUUCUCACUUGUAUUAUUGUUUGAACGGAUGCUGCUGGAGGGAUCCGUUUGAGUUGGAGACACGUUCCUGCCAGCUUCCCUUUUCUCUCGAGAUACAGAAAUGUGGAUGCUCUUUUCCCAGGGGACACGACUAAAGCAGUGUGGUACACUCCAGAGACCUGGGAUCAUGAGCAAACACACAGUGUGUUCUUCCUUAAAGUGUUCUCCAUGUCUCGCCUUGUUAUGCACAAGAGAUUCUGUUAGAAGCCUCUAGAAGUAACUCCCCUUAAAUGUCUUACAGAGUUUGCACAUGCAUUGAUUAAAAGCAAAUUCCUGUCUUAGGGAACUCUAACAAUUUAUCUUCUGUGUACUCUUUAGGUUAAAUGUUUCAAAGAGAGUUUUAGUGGGAGCCGUACUCUUAAAGGCAGCUGAUUACGGAGCCCAUUGUGUCUCUGCCCUACCCUAACUAGUCUGUGUGAAUAAUCAUUGAAAUUUCAAAGUAUGUUUCAUAAUUGUCUCUAAAUUUGAUAAUGGAAUAGGAUGUAUUUUACAUAUAACCACUGUAUAUAUUGACAAGAGAGCACAGCCAACAUAAAGUUUAACUAGAUUUAAAUAUUCAAAUUCAUUUAUGUUGGGUUUGCAUUCACCUGGCAUGGUGAAAUUAUUUGGUCUAUGUUUUUGCUUUCUUGUGUCACCCAUAAGCUUCUCUUCUGGAUUUCUAACAAAGAAGACAUUUUUAAUCUGCAAACUAUUUCAAUCAUAUUCUCAUCAACCUAGAAGGUCUGACCAUUUUACCACCCUUGCACAUGGAGGACACUUGUGUUGGCUGUGCCUCUUUUAAUAUCAUCUCUUGAUAAAACAAGAAAAACUGAUCCUUAUCUAAUAUGUAGAAAGCUUUUUGUUAUGUUAUAUCAAAGCACGUAAAACCAGUUCUAGGACACAGCAGGUGGAAGCAGAGCCAGUCUUCCUCCUCAGUCUUCUCAGUGGAAAGGAACAGGAAACAAACAUCUGUGCAAAAUCCUAUAAAGGUGACAUUCCUAUGGCAGAGUCUAGGUAGCCUUGAACCAAGGUGUGGGAACAAAGGAUGGCUCUACACAACUUCACAAGUGGAAUCUUGUUUAUGGCUGUGAAUGUUUAAAGGAAUAAAUAAUAUAAUUGGCGUAGCACAAUGCCUUGCAUGCGAUAGGCAGCCAAAGAAUCUUUAAUGGUUGGUUAUACAAGUUAAAUUUUUUAAUAUCUCUACUAUCACUUCUUUAUUGAAUAAUGCACAGUAUUUUCUUCAGGUUGCUGGAUUUGGGACUGAGCUGGGGGCUUGAAUCAUUGAGAAUUAAAGCACCUUUGACUCUAAGGAGUACGUAGACCUAAGUCCACAGGUAGGAGUAGGGUGUGUCAUCUGAGAUCAGCAGAAGGAUGCUGAGGUAGUCAUGGUUAUAGAACCCAAAAUCUCUGAGGCGAGGGUGUUUAUGGGCUUCAAAUACCCUUUAUUGCCUACUCCUUGUGACUUCUCUCUUCCAAAUCAGACACCUUUCGGACAUACAAGAGACAGGAGAUUACAGUUGUUUUUGUCUCCUAAGUGAUUUUUGGAUAAGGAUCACUAUUGAACAGUAUUAAACAGCUUUUGUUUUUGUUUUUGAAAUGACAUUGUUCUUUAUUUUCAUAUGAUGGGCAGUUAACAGGGUGGCCCAGGACAUGCGCAAAUGUAGUAGUAGAAAAUAUAUCCUUCACAGUAGGCGUUGUGGGCCAAGAGGACAAUUCCUGGAUUUCGCUGUGAAACUGAUUAGGAAUAUCUUUAAGUGAUGCUCCCAAGAGCUUUCUUAUGGUAAAUAGAAGGAUAGAGGCAAAGUUUUUUUUUUGUUUUUUGUUUUUUUUUUUUUUUUGCUGUGGAAGGCCACCUUGGCAUUUGUGUACACUGACAUGUUUCUCAAAGGAGUAGUCACAGGAUUGUUUUGUCAAAACUCUGCCUAAAAAUCUUUCUGGUAUGUUUUAUCUUUAGCUUUUUCCUAGCUAUCCUGUUAGCCUACAAAUAUGUAAGCAGACAAUGUGUUUAGAGGAAACAAGAUAUACAGCUUAACAAAGCAGGUUUUUCUGGUUUGAGACUGUAUACAGUAAGCCUUGUGAAAAUAGACAUAGGAAAUCGCAUUUAUCUGGAGAUUCAAUACAUCAUAUUGAAAAUAAAUAAUUUCUCAAACUCAGGACUAGCCUGAAAAUUCAGGAUCUAUGUAGGAUUGACACAUGUCUUCGUCCUCUGGUUUUUUUAGGCCUUGUUUAUUCUUCCCAUGCCAUACCCACUGGGGAUUUUCCUGCCCAGCAUAUGUGCCAUAAAAAGAACAAAUGGAUACAAAGUAUACCUCUAAUAACCAUUAUCUAAAUAGGAUAAGUAUAACUUGUCAAUAAUAUGUGUAGAUUUAUCCUAAUAGGUCCAACACAGAUAUGAAUGCUCAUAAUAGUCCAUUAAUAUUCGGUGAUGCAUAAAUAUUAUAUUUAUAUACAGAGACAGCAAGCCAGAUACAUACAUUGCAUCCUGUAAGGUCUGUAUGUCAGGGCUUUGGCAACACCAUUUUGUCACUGGCUUGUUCACUUUUUUUAGGAAUCAAAAUUAUUUCAGGAGAAAGCCAACUAAGUAGACUUCAAUCCUCCUCUUUCUCAUUCUUGCCCUUUGGGAAACCCAAGUGGAAUCAUCAUUUAAUUACUUACUGAAAUUCAAUGAUUCAAAUCCCAUCAGUGAGAAGAGUAGUUUAUCUCUCAAAGUAAUACUUUACCUUAGAACUUUGAGGAUGUACCUCCCAUACAAAGAGCAUCAGAGAGUCAAGGCAACCAUUUAGAUCACACAAAUCCUCAACAUAGGACAUUAGGUGAUGGGAUCUGAACCAUGUAGCUAUCAUAUUCAAAUUUUUACUUCCUAUUGGAUGUAGAAAUGAAGCCUAUGGUCUUGUUGCCUGUGGAAGUUACCCUGCCCCAUAAAAGACAAAUAUUUAUUUCUCCUCUCGAACCACUAGUCAGCCUGGAUAUUCAUGAAAGCUUAAAGAAAGGGUGCCAAAAUGCCUAGCUCCUGGAUUUAGACUCGUGGAAUCUGAGAAGGGCUUAGGGAAAAUUCAGUUCAUGGGGAGAUUCCUGGUAGGUGAUGCCAGGAAUCCGAAUGGCCAGUUGAUGAGACGGUCUCAGGUCAGUUCCACUUGUGCUUGGAGAAAUGUGUCAUUUGCAAAUGUAUCUAGUCAAGAAGCCCUUUUGGAGUGAAGUGGUUGGGAAAUUCAUUUAAUGGGUUCCCCCCCACCAAAAAAAAGCACCAAUCCUGCCAUGGUUUUGCAAACACCACACUUUCCUUUGCUCUCAAUAGCAAAAACCAUGUUAUAAUUUUUCACCUUUGUCAGAAUCAAGGCUUCUGCCACCUGUGCAAUAUUUUCCCAUGGAAUACAGCAAUAAAUCCAUGUAGGUAUGUACUUGCACAGAGAUGAUUCUCCAUAGUUCUGACUCCUGACAAACAAGUCUCAGCAGCUCUUGCCUAGUGUGAUGACUAAAAGUGCACAGCAGUUACACCCUAGCGGAGGUGGUUUUUCCCACCGAGCUGCUGUCCGACUCCGGGGGCCGUCCAGUUGUCUGUCUGAGCUGCUGGUUUGCUUCGUUUGCUCUCCAACUGAACUCCUACCAAGCCAAGAAAAAGGAUCAAAUGGGAUUUCCAGUUUUUAUUAUACUUGCUCUUUGAAUGAGAAUACUAGAGUCUGGGAGCAUAAGAGGAUUAAGUUAAAGCAAAGAGUCUGAAAGAAUUCUGAAGUGAGAGUUUUGUAAAUAUAGUUGUCAGAGAAGACUAAUGGUCUCAGUGUCUGUCAUAAUUUUGGGCUACACCUAGAAGAAGAGUCACUGAGUGCCAAGCCAGGCAGGUGGCACUAGAGGCAGACUAUUCUCUUUGGGCGGAGUGAGUUCAAAGCUGCUCAUCGAAUAUUUGCUUUUGAUUUUCUCUAAAGGAAAACCCAAUUUUCUACUCUUCCUCCUCCCUUCCUCUUAUUCUACAUAUUGUUGCUGCUUUACUAAGAGACAACUUAGUAAGCCAUCACACAAGCUAGUGCAAGAGUUGGUUUUAGAAUAGAUAACAGGGAGUCUUAAUUGAAUAGUAUCCAAUCUCACAGCAUAACACAGCUAAUUCAGGCAAUGACAGAAAUGAUAAGAAACAACAAAGUAUUAUGAUCUCUGUUUUACUUUCUUCUUUAUUAAGAGGCUCACUACUAUAAAAUGUUACUUACUUGUAUUUUAAGUUGGAGGAGUCCUCAAUAAUGAAUAAUCAAUUUAGAUUUUUCUCAUCUCCUUUGGGGGAAAUUAAAUUCAAGCCUCUAUUCAUUUGAUGUUUUACAACAAGCUUGGAAGGUGGCCACAUACUUCCACAGUUUGGUAUUUUGGGACACCAACAAACAGCCUUUUAUAAAAGUUCCCUUUACCUAAACUCACUGUCCUAGCAGAAGUAGCAAUUCAGCUCAGGGAAAAAUGCUGCCAGAGUUACCAUGAGGGGACCCGAUGAAUCUGUAGCCUCACUCAAGCUCUUGUAUCAUCCCUGCUGUAGCAACAGAGCCCACUCUGAAUACUCAAAACACACUAUUUUCUCCAAACAGUCCUAAUUGCCAACUCAGUAUGGGAAUUUGGGAGCCUUUGGCAAAGAAACUUGAAUACUCUUAUGAAAUUUGGUGCAAGACUUACACAAUCACAGCAACUGUCUGUAAAUACCUUCCCUCUGCCUGUAUGCAGACAUGCACGUCCAUUCACAAGUAAGCUGGACUGAGUUCUUUCUCUGAAGGGAUAUGCAGGAAUAUUUGAUUGAAUUUAUUUUCAAAUUUUCCUCUUGAUCUGUUUUUAUCAUGGGCAUCCCAUUGCAGUAGUAAAGCUUACAAGAAUGGAGUUUCAUGACAAUCAUCACCCUCUUCAAUGCCUGAGGAGUUUCCAGGGUGGAUGGGAUACAAUGCGUGGUCCACAAGGUGCAUUUCACCAGUCAUCACUUGCCCUUUCUGGCACUGCCGUAAUGGGCCAUUGCUUGCAUUUUUGCUCUUUGUCCAAACUUUGCUAAAUACAGAGUAGAAUUGGUAUUUAUUGUGUUAUGAGCACCUUUAUUGCCAGAGAAGACUUCAGCUCUUUAGGUUUCAGGGAGCGAGAUGUAAACUGGAAUUAAAAGGAUUGGGUUUUGUAUGUUUGUUGGUUUUUUCCAUUGGCGCAAAAGACCUGAUGCAAGGGCCACAAGAUAAACAUGAUUUUUUAAUUGACCCAUAUAAGAACCUGUAGAAAAGUGAGCUCCUGUUUCAUUCAUUCUAAGUGAUAUCCUGAAUAAUUAUAGAUUACUUUUUUUCCAUGUCCAGCCUUGCUUCACCUUCCAACCUCCAGGCCAAGUGUCCAUUUUGAUGUUUUACAGAGUCCUUCUGGUCGUUAUGCAGGGCCCUUUUGUGCUGAGAAUAAAAUCUACUGCUGGAAGAGAGCUUGCUGCUUUGCAGAGUCAGCACUUGAUCUAGAGAAUGAGUAGCAACAGGUCCUCAGUUCCUCUGGAGACACCCCCAAUCCCUGGGGAGUGUCGGAACCUGACAACCAACUGUUACCCUUGUUGUCAUCCCCUGUGGAGAUGGGGAUGAUGCAGUCAGAGCCUCACUCCUCUUGGGGCUCUGUUUGUUCUCAUGGCAACCAUUUUGCCUGCCUGGAAACAGCCUAUUGCCUUUGGUAGGGGACAGAUGCACACACUAGCCAAGGAAGUUGGUCCAGCACAUCUCUGAGGUUUCUCCCCCAUGGACCAAAUUCUCUGAGAUAUAUGAUCAGAAAUUUGGCUCUCUGGUGGUUUAAUACUCCAUGAGAAUUACUUUCCUUACUAGAAACAUCCUUUGACAUCUAGAUUCUUCUACAAAUCACCUUAACUCCCUUCCUUCUCCUGGAAAACCUCAGCAUUGCAUCUCCAUGUUGCACAACACAGAUCAGAUUAUCUGGUCACUAUAGAGAUUUGUAUAUAAAAAACUACUUUUUUGAGGAUUUUUCUAUAUUGUUUUUCUAUUUGUUUUCUACAGCUUGAGGAGAGAGCUGGCAAACUGUGAAUCUAAUUUGAUCUUGUUGCCAGCAGAUAUAUUUUGGCUUCCUGGUAAGAAUCUCUGUUACCAGGGAUAAUAUAUUGCCCUCUGAUCAGUAUUGCACCCCAAAUCCACAAAUUCCUCCAGCCCAAUCUUACAUUCUUUUUUAAAUAAAUCCCCAACGUUCUUUGCUAUUAUUUAUAAAGAGCAUGAGAAAAUGUAUUUAUAAUCCUAGAUAUUAUAUGUUUAAUAUUAAUUUAGCCUUUAAUAAUGUUAUAGGUUUGUAUCUAUUCUUCAGAAAUCAUAAAGAACUCAGUGUAGACUGAAUUAAUCCAUUUAGUAUCUGUAAUUUUACAGACAGAUAUUUUCUUACAGUAUUUUCUAUAUAACCACACAUGUAGAAUUAUAACUAAUUAGAGCACAAGAAGUUUCUACAGCAAUUUAGAGCUAUCAGUUGUUUCCUGACUAUAUAAUCACAUUUGAAAAAUUUAAGAACCCAGUCCUUAGUGACACAAUGAACAAAAUGACCAUUAAGAACAAGGAAUUGUUUAAAUUCCUUAGCUGGUUAGGAUAUAUAUCUAAAUGAUUAAUCUUUUUAACUCAAGGAAUGGUGCUGAUUUCUUAUUUUUGGUACCAGCCCUUGUUUUUCCAGCUGAGCAUUCUAAUUCUGCUUUUCUCUAAGAUUAUCAAAGACAAGGUAAUAAUAGUGGGAUCAUUUCUAUAUUAGAAUGUUUCAUGCCUUUUUAAAUGUUUAUGUGAAAAUUGGCUCAGGAAAACUUUGAGUAGCAGAGACUGAGGAUGAGUGCUACCGAGGAAAUCAGGACAGAUUUGUUGCAGUUAAUUCUUGCCAAGCAAAUUGGUAGUAAAUGUCACAUUGUUACAUGAAUUGAGCACAUAUUUUUUUAAGAAAGUUUUAAAAAAAGUUCUUUUCAGUACCAGCUGUGAAGCAAUACUGUGUCACUGGGGGCUGGAAGUGGGGGCUUAGAAUCACAUUGAAAUUAUUUAGAAGCAGCCCAGGUAGAUUCUGUCCUCAGGUGAAUAACAAACUAUGUAACUUCCCCCAAAGCUAAAAGAAUAACCACUGCAAAGACAAGGUGUCUUCCUUCCGCCAAACACACUUUCUGAUAUGGUGGUAGGGCUAGUAUUUUUACCAUGUUUUAAAAAGUAGUCAGUUACAUAGAAAAUGUACUGGUAUGUAUUUGAACCUGCUCUUCAUUAAGCAAACAAAUUAGAUGUGCCCUCAGCUGGCAAUGAUUGUAUCUGUUUUCAAGUACAGCUAGCUGUCAAAGCAUGAAGCUCUUGUGUGUACACACUGACACUUGGUUCACGCAUGAAGAACAGUGCCUAUGCACUUUGUGUAGCUAUAAUGUAGAUAUCUAGGUGUAAUUUCAGUGAAAUGGUGUAUAGAUGUAUUGAAAUUUAAUUUAUAUGUUAUUUUUGGCUAUUCAUCUAAAUGCAGUAGACAUAUUGAUUGGUGUUUUGCAAACCCUUCUUUUCCCUUCUUAGAUAUCUAGCUGUGAAUCAUUUUUCCUCUUUGUAAAUGUGGUUUGGGGGGUGCAUAUAUGAGUGAAGAACUUAUCUAUGAAUCCUUUGUACUGAUGAUUGUUUGAAAGUCUGUGUGUGUCCAGCACCUUUGUAAAUAUACAAUUCAGAGCAGGGAUGGGCUGGGUGUGUGUCCUGGUUCUUAGUGAAAGGUCACCCCACGUCUGUAUAAUACGCGGUAAAUGCAACUGUGGAACUUUUGAUUAUCUAGGCUUAGGUAGGUUUAGAAUGAGGACAUUUAUCUACAGUCCUCCUUCACUUGGUGGAUUGGGCUCAAAGAGACGAAAGGUUAGUCUGCCCUUGUGCAUGUUAGCAUCGUGUUCUUAGGGAAGGGUCAGCCUCUCUGGUUGCCAAAUAAUCAUCAUGAUGCUCAUGACUUACAGGAUUUGAAGAGCCUUGUCCCCCUUGGCUUCUUGAGUCAGGGUAUGGGAAAAACAUUUGCUGACUGACUGCCAUGCAGGUGAAAUCCCACAAAAGCACAGUUUGGGCUGUAAACUACACAGUUGUCUGUAGGAAGGUAGAACACUAGAAGCACAGGAAUAGCCAGUGUGCAGCUUUGGGGGUUGUAGAGGGGCAACUGAUGAAGCACAGAUCCCACAUAUAUGAGGGAGCAUAACCUCCUCUACCUAAUAUGCUCUGUGUGCAUGUUUUGAAUGAAAGAAGAUGAGAUUAACUAACGCAAAUAUACACCUGCCUCCUAAAACACAUAUUCUGUGUAGUUAUCACUAAAUACAAUACUGUGAGGUCUAUAGUUCCUGUAACCCCUUUCUCCUCCCCAAGGACAGAGAAGAAAUAGCCAUGUGCUUUAGGGAACACUGAGUGCCCAUCUCUUUUCCUAAGAGGAGUGAAGCCUAACACAUUACCUGAGGGCAUGAAGCACAUUAAUUUCCAGUGGCUUCUUCAUAUGAGUGGAGUGAGGGGAUACAGUGGACCAGCAGAUUUUUCCUUGAAAAUGUGGCUUCUUCAACGCCUGUCAAAUUCAGGAUGGAAAAUUUACUGAAAGAAAACCAGCCUGCAUGCAGGAUUCUCUUUGAAGAUUCUUGUAUGUCCAGAAUGAAAGAAUAAUUGUUUUCCUACUGUUCACAAUCCCCCUUGGUCUGAAGUCAUGUAGCACAGAGCAUCUAUAGCACAUAGUGUUUAAAGACUAAUGAAUACAGAAAGAUAAAAGCUUCGACUAAAUUUUUUGAUUGUUUCUUAUAUAUGGUACUAGAAAACGCCUUGUUGGCAAAGCACAUUUUGGGUAGUUGAGGUCUUUUGUUUUCUCCUUUAGCUUUCUUACAAUGUGGACUGAUUACUGUAACAUUUCAUGUGUAAAAUAACUGGAUAUUCUUUAUAUACUGGAAAUAACCUGUGAAUCCAAUAUUUCACUAAGUGUUUUAACUUUUAUGUAUAUAUCUUCCAUCAAUAAAUGUGGAUUCCAAUUU